AUGAAGUCCUUCGGCACGGCAGACUUACUAAAGCUCCAUUUUGACUCCGAUCAUCAAUAUACCACUAAGACGGAAAGCAUUGCUAGGAAGAGCGGCACCAAUUUGGAAGCCAGAGGUUCAAAUUUCGUUAGUUCAAGUCUGGCGUUCUACGAUCAAGGAGUUCAUUCUCAACCCUUUGGUCAAAGUCGCUCUCUCCUCUCCGAAUUUGUUCAACUUCGGAGAUGUCGAGUUUCUCGAGAUGCCCUUGAAACGAACAAUUUAUUAAUCCGUCUCGAGAAGUUGUUGAGCAACACUUUUAAGUCUCCCACUGAACGCAGAGAAUUUGAACAAUCUGUUGUUCCCUGGAUCGGUGUAAAAAUCGAUCUUUGUCCAUCGUGUGGCCGAGCUUUUGGCCUGGGCAUGGAGUUGGCGUAUCCGAUCUUAGAUGAGGAGAAAAUGGACAACGCUUCUUUGCGGGCGUCAUCCUCUCAUUCAAAUCGAUUGGAGUCGGUUGCUCGGCGAAGCAAGCAAAAAUUCACCGAGUUUACGAAUGCGAUUUUGGACUAUAAUCCUGUUUUUCGUCGUAGACACCAUUGUCGCCUCUGUGGACAUGUUCUGUGUGCGGAUUGCAGCUUUUUCCUCCCAAAAAGCUCUGGUUUGCAUAUUCUGGAAUUAGUCAAUAAAAGCAAUAUUGUCUCACGUCCGUCUGGUGUUCCCAGUUCUGCGGAUGUGGACGAGCAGAAAGAAACACACGAGUCUUUGUUUUUAAAUUCCACAGAAGUCAGUCGACCUAUCGUAGACCUUGAUCGUGACAUGAAUGGAGAACAACGAUAUGCUUUAGAUGUGGCCAAGACGAUGCGACACGAAUUGCUGGAAUCUCUCCAGAAUAUCGAUCUACUGAGGAGAAAAUUUGAGGACCUGGUCAAUCAAGCUGUUGGUCAAGGCGGGGUCAAAAAGUCUGGCUCAAUGAAUCUGGCUUCGGUUCGCCUGGCCCGCACUAUCGCUCAAAUGGCUCGUCAGUUUCUUCAGGUUAAUCUACCUCCGUUGCGGGCACUGCCAACAUUGCAGCAAUAUGAUUCGCUCGCAGCACAGCGUAAAGAUGAACUGGCGGCACGAUGGGAAGAAGAAGAGCGCGCCCUGGCACAGGUGAGCCCUUUACUCUCCCCCAUCGGACUAGCUGUUGGUAUUUCAUACUAA